CGGAGCCCGCCCAGUGCUGACGUUGGCAGCCGAACCCGAAGUAGUUCGAGCCGACGGGCUGCGCUGUCCGGUUGUUGCGUUGCAUUUCCUUCCUCUCUCGCUCCACGCUCCAGCAGCGGCCAGAGCAGCGGCGCGAGAAUAUCCCGGCGGCCUGCUCUCCUCCUUCGGCGCGCCCUCUCGCUCGGCCAGCGUCGUCAGUCAGUCGUCAGUCAGUCGGUGGCCCGCGCCCGGCUAGCGCUCAGGCCCAGCGGCCAGAGCUAGCGCCCAGCCUGAGAGCCAACUCGCUCCGGCGGCGCGGGCACCGGGAGUGGAGUGUGGGUCUCGGGGGCCCUAGGGCAGGCGAGCGAGCGAGGCCGAGGGGUGACCGGGGCAGGUCGUGGCGCCGCGAAGAUGGUCGCCAAGCAGCGGAUCCGUAUGGCUAACGAGAAGCACAGCAAGAACAUCACCCAGCGCGGCAACGUCGCCAAGACCUCGAGAAAUGCUCCCGAAGAGAAGGCGUCUGUAGGACCCUGGUUAUUGGCUCUCUUCAUUUUUGUUGUUUGUGGUUCCGCAAUUUUCCAGAUUAUUCAAAGUAUCAGGAUGGGCAUGUGAAGUGACUGACCUUAAGAUGUUUCCAUUCUCCUGUGAAUUUUAACUUGAACUCAUUCCUGAUGUUUGAUACCCUGGUUAAAAACAAUUCAGUAAAGCAUCCUGCCUCAGAAUGACUUUUCAUAUCAUCCUUCAUGUGUCAUUCCAAGGUUUCUUCACAAGUCAUUCCAAGUUUUCUAGUCCAUACCACAGUGCCUUGCAAAAGCACCACAUGAAUAAAGCAAUAAAAUUUGAUUAAGCUACAGUAGUGGACCCUACUUAUUCAGUCAGUAAAGAGUAAAUUUUUUUUAAUGUGGUUAUUAGAACAGUAUAUAGAUAAUUAGGUUAAAUAUGUGUAGACAGGGUCUAGAUUUUGUUAGCCCUAAUGUGUAAAUGCAAUUAGCAUAAUUUAAAAUUUGGAAUCCUAUGGUUUUUAUAUAGCUAGGCACUUUAUUACUAUCUCUUGAAAGCACACUCCCUUAUAGGGCCAUGUAACUGUCCUGUAACAAGGUGCUUAUAAAUGGAACAACCACAGUUAGCCUAGUUUUCCCACAAUUUUUAGCACCUAAAAUUUUUAAAAAGCUUCUAAAUGCCUCAUAUAAAGGGAGAUGCUUAGAUCCACAAUGUCUAAUUUAACAGUAUUAUUUCUAUUACACUACCUUGGAUUUUGCAUGAGUGAAUAUACUAACCUAAGAUGCCGUAAGAAGACAACUUGGUUGAGCAUUUUGUUCACUUUCCUUAAAAAUAACCAUUGUGGAAUAAAGUCAGGGAAGCUUUGUCUAUAUCUCCAUCGAUUUUACCAGGAUUACUUUAAUAUAUCAAAGGGGUCUAUUAUGCUGGACGUUUUUGGGAGAAAAUACUACUAAAAAUCAAUGCCUCAUCAGGACAUACUGUUGAGUCGAGUGUGCCAUAACACAUCUUAGCAUGUUAAUAGCACUUUUAAUACCAAAAAAGGCACAUCAACUGAAACGUUACACUUAGUUUGGAAAUGAUUUUUCUUGAUUUAUGAUUAAAAUUGUUAGGGUACUGGAUACAUCAGCUUAAAGUGUCAUGUGAAAUUAAAUGGAUUUCCUGAUAAGGAUCAGUCUUUUGUCUUCCCUUUGUUGUAUGAUUUUAUAGGUUAUGAUUGAUCAAACUUUCUUUUUAUUAAUGGUAAGGGUUAGUGAUAAGGCAGGCUCUGGGUUUUCUGAUACUGUUGAAAAUUGCUGGUAUUGGCUAUUUAAAUGCUUAGCCAUAACUUCAUAAAAAAGCCUGAGAAGUGUCUAUGUGUUAAUGAAUUGGAAAGAAGCCCGCUUGUUUGCUUUGUUAAUUGCCUCAGGAUAUCUCUAAAAUAAGCUGUUUUAAGAGAAACAGAAGGGAAAUCUACUACCUAGUUUAUACACAGUGUAAACCUCAGAUCUUCUGACACCCCUUAAGUAUAUGGGAGAAUGAGGGAGAGGAGUGGUUAAAAAUGUUUGGGAACUUGACUACUCUGGAAUAAGAAAGGAAUCAGCUGACCUUGGGCCAGCAGGUUUUUAUUGUCUGCAUUGUUACCUGCCUUUCUCACCCAGGAAGUCAACCAAGUACUUAUUUCCCCUUUGAAACAAGUGUCUUGAUUACCUAAUUCUGUUUUAACUUUAAAAAUGAAAGUUAUUGUUCUAAAUUCAUAGCAGGUGCCUUAUUCUUUGUUUUGAGUCAAACCAUUCCAUAUCAGACAGAAUUUCCCGUGGUUUACUAUAGACAAUUGGCUUUAGGAUGCUGAGGUGUUUUUUUGUUGUUGGUUUUUGUUUUGUUUUUUUUUUAACGUACAAUGUCUAUUCAUUUGGCUGGUAAAUUGGUAUAGUGGACAAUCAUUUUACAUAUGUAAAGUUGCAUUCCCUUUGUAUUUCGUAUGUAAUUACCAAUUGAGUGCAUUUUAUAUUAAGGAUUAUGCAUGUUUGGGUUAAUGAAAGCUAUAUCUUACUUGAUUUAUUCUUUAAAAAUAAAGUUCCCUGAAUAUUUGAUGCCUUCUAAAAGGAAAUGAUUUUAUAGAGUUCUUAUCUGAGUAUACUUUUUAUAGUUAAUAGAAAAUGAUUUUAAAGAACGCUUGAUGUGUUAUACUUGAGUUAAAAGAAGUAUCCAGAGGCACAGAUUAAGUUUUAUAACUAGGAAUAGGUGACAAGAAAAAUAUAUAAAAGCACAAUAAAUUAAAUACUUUCCCACCUGGGAUUUACCCUCACCUCAUUGAGUCUGGUUCAAGGAAAAAGCACAGGUUUUUUUGUUUUGUUUUUUUGAUCUCCCUUUCUGGGUUGAAUUUUAUAUAUCAUCUAAUGUUGAGCACAAUGUGAGAAUAAGUACUUUAUUGGGGUUAUCCACAUUAUCCAGUUACUCUGUAAUUUAGCUAUAAUGUUUCAAGAAGUUGUCAAUGAUUUCAUUGUACCUGUUGGGUUGUAUAUAAUGUUGCUCAGAAUAAUUGAGUGGGCUUCCAAAAUAGGUAAAGAUUUUCAUUGUAACAGAAUGCAUUGUAAUAGGUUUUGAUUUACAUUAAAGAAAUGUAUAUACUUAACUGC